AUGGAUUUCCUCAAGUCCGCCGUCGCAUCGGCGAUUGCCAAAGGCAGUUCAUUUCCCUAUUCGCUCGGCGACCGUGUCGACAUCUCCGAUUCGAUCUGGACCCUUCACAACGCCACCAAACGGGAAGAUGGCUCCGCCUGCAGUAUAUUCACCUUCGACAUUGCCGCGAACAAGUCGCGUCUACCGCUCGCAAAGAACGCUGUGCGAAAAUCUCGAACAUUGAGACACCCCGGCGUGAUCAAGGUGCUCGACACGAUCGAGACGGAGACCAGCAUCUAUAUCGUGACCGAACGGGUUGUCCCGCUCUCCUGGCAUGUGAAGCGACGGAGUCUCAGCGAGGAGACGUGCAAAUGGGGCUUGUAUACUGUAGCGUCUACUCUGAAAUUCAUUAAUGAAGACGCGGCUUCCGUCCACGGUGUCGUGCGCGCAUCGUCGAUCUACGCGAGUGAAAGCGGCGAGUGGAAGCUAGGCGGGUUCGAUGUGCUGAGCUCCAUGAAUGACGAGCACGCGGUGAUAUAUACAUAUGGCAGUCUCGUGCCCGAUGCGGCGCGGUAUACGCCGCCGGAGGUCGUCAAAGGCGGCUGGGAUAUCAUCAAGCGCCAUCCGUUGAGCGCGAUCGACGCCUAUGGCUUGGGCAUUCUGAUCUUCGAAGUUUUUAACGGCAACUUUGUUGGCGGCGACCAGGUGGGCAAGACGACCAACGUCCCGCCGAGCAUGCACCAGAGCUACAAGCGUCUCUGCACGGCGAAUCCGAAGCUGCGCUUGAGUCCUGCGCAUUUCGUCGAGCAGGGAAAGAAGCACGGGGGCUUUUUCCAGACGCCUCUCAUCCGCCUGACGGAUGAUAUUGAGAGCUUGGGUCUGAAGAAUGACGCGGAGCGGGAGGAGUUCAUCAAUGAGCUGGAUGAGCUUUCGGAGGACUUCCCCGAGGAGUUCUUCAAGAUGAAGGUGCUUCCGGAGUUGCUCAAGUCGGUUGAAUUCGGUGGCGGCGGCCCCAAGGUCUUGUCGGCCAUUCUAAAGAUCGGAUCGAAGCUUUCGCCGGACGAAUAUAGCUCGAAGCUAACGCCAGUCAUUGUUCGCCUAUUUGCGAAUCCUGACCGCGCACUGCGCGUAUGUCUCUUGGACAACUUGCCUUUGAUGAUCGACAAUCUUCCGCAGAAGAUUGUCAACGAUAAGAUCUUUCCCCAGAUGACUUCUGGUUUUACGGACGUCGCCCCUGUUGUUCGUGAGCAAACUGUCAAGGCUGUCCUAUCAGUUAUCACCAAACUGAGCGAUCGGACGAUCAACGGGGAGUUGCUGAGGUUCCUGGCGCGGACGGCAAACGACGAGCAACCCGGUAUCCGUACAAACACUACGAUCUGUUUGGGGAAGAUUGCGAAGCAUUUAGGCCAGGGUUCCCGAUCCAAGGUGCUCAUUGCGGCGUUCACUCGCUCCCUUCGAGACCCGUUUGUGCAUGCCAGGUGUGCUGGUCUGCUUGCUCUGAGCGCCACACUGGACUUCUUCACCGAGGAAGAUUGUGCCACUAAGAUUCUACCUGCGAUCUGUCCCUCGCUCCUAGAUCGAGAAAAAUUGAUGAGAGAGCAAGCAAACAAAACCCUCGAUCUGUAUCUCCAGCGGGUACGCAAAUUCAGCAAUACGAUGGCUGAAACAGCCGUUCCAACGUCGGCCAGUCCGGAUCCCUCCAAAGAUACCGCUCGCAUUGGAACCUCGAACGACAAGUCCUGGGCUGGCUGGGCCAUCUCUUCCUUCACUAACAAGCUCACGACAGCCAACGGCGAGAUCCAGCCCGGGUCAACGAACGGAGCCAAACCCGUCGAGGCCGAGCCAGCUCGCUCUGCCUCGGUUCCUCGCCCUGUGAAAACGUCCGCCUCUGCGCAGCUGGACGUGCCAAAGGAGACGCUGCGUCCUGCGGCGCAGCCUACGGGCCGUCGAUCUCAGUCCGAACAACCUGUGCCGGUAACACAGGAGGUCGAGGACUUCGACGACGGAUACGAUGCCUGGGGCGCUAUCGAUGACGAUGAGGAGACGCAACAAAAAGCGGGGGAUCCGUUUGACCCCUUUAGUCCCAUAUCCAACACCACGGCUUCAUCUACGAGUGCCGCUGCCCCUGCCCAGAAGUCGACACCUGUGCCAUAUGAUGACGGCGGCGAGCCUGACUUUGCGGGCUGGCUAGCAGCACAGUCGAAAGCCAAGAAACCGUUACCAAAGGGCCUGAACAAGACCAACACCGCCACUGCGACUCCGGUCUCGCGCACUUCUAGCCGUAAUAGCGCCACGAAGCCCAAGACCGCCGCCCCGAAGAAGAUUGACACGAAACCAAAGGAUGAUGAUGUGGAUGAUGGCUGGGGUGAUGCAUGGGACUGA